AUGCUGUCCGUCACCAGACUGCUCACGGCCGCAUUGGUUGUCUCCUCGGCCGCUGCCGUCGACAUCCAGGUCAAGGCCACUGGCGGCAACAAGACUAGCGGCCACCAGUAUGGCUUCCUGCACGAGGAUAUCAAUUACAGUGGUGACGGAGGAGUCUACGCCGAGCUGAUCCGCAACCGGGCCUUCCAGGGUGACCCUGAGCACCACCCCAAGACACUGCUCGCCUGGCGCCCCAUCAAUGCUAAGCUGUCCCUCCACGACCUCGACAUCCCCUUGUCUGAGGAGCUGCCCACUUCGCUGCGCGUGGAGCCUGAAGGCGACGGCGACGGACCUCUGGGCUUCUCCAACGACGGCUUUUGGGGUAUGAACGUCAAGGUGCAAAAGUACACUGGCUCCUUCUGGGUCAAGGGUGCGUAUGAGGGCAAGUUCACGGCCUCUUUCAAGUCUGCCCUCACCGAUGACGUCUUUGGUAGCGUCGAGAUUGAGUCGCAGUCUGUCGAGGACGACUGGAUUGAACACGAGGUCAUCUUGACGCCCAGCAAGGAUGCGCCAAGCAGCAACAACACUUUCGCCAUCACCUUUGACCGUGCUGGUAUGAAGGGAGACGCCCUCGACUUCAAUCUUAUCAGCAUGUUCCCCCCAACCUACAAAGGCCGCAAGAAUGGACUGCGCGUCGACCUUGCGGAGGCACUCGAGCAACUUCAUCCGACUUUCUUCAGAUUCCCUGGUGGUAACAUGCUGGAGGGCCCGACCAAUCGUUCCAUCUGGGACUGGAAGUCGACUCUCGGCCCCCUGCGUCACCGCAAGGGAUUCCCAGGGCCCUGGGGAUAUCCCGUCACCCAAGGCCUCGGCCACUUAGAGUACCUGCAGUGGGCAGAGGACAUGGGCAUGGAGAUUGUGAUCGGCGUUUGGGCCGGCCUUGCCUUGAACGGCGACAUCACCCCUAGGGACAAGCUCCAACCAUUCAUCGAUGACGCGCUCAACCUCAUCGAGUUCACCCGCGGACCUGCUGAUUCAACCUGGGGCAAGAAACGCGCCGAGCUGGGCCACCCCGAGCCGUUCAAGCUCGAGUACGUCGAGGUCGGUAAUGAGGACUGGCUCGCGGGCGGAGCAGCCGGCUGGAAUAGCUACAAAGAAUAUCGCUUCCCCAUGUUCCUUGAGGCAAUCAACAAGGCGUACCCGGAUAUCACGGUCAUUGCCUCGGGAUCCACACACGAUGGUCACCAGGUUCCGCCCGGAACUGGAGAGAACCGGGCAAUGGGUGACUACCACCCCUACCGCAAGCCUGAUGAACUGGUUGACGAGUUUGACAAGUUCGACAACGAUCCCAUCCCACACAUCGUUGGCGAGGUCGCCGCUACCCAUGUGAAUGGUGGCAUCGGCUGGGAUGGGAAUCUGAACUACUUCCCUUGGUGGAUUGGUACCGUCGGCGAGGCCAUCUCCAUGAUUGGCUACGAACGAAACGCAGACCGCAUUCCCGGGACUUUCUAUGCUCCUGUCAUCCGCAACAUGAACAGCUGGUCCUGGGCCGUCACGCUUAUCCAACAUGCCGCCGACCCUGCCAUGACGACGCGAUCGACCUCGUGGUACGCCUGGGAGCUCCUGGCUGCGCACCCCAUCUCCAAGACGCUCCCAGCGUCGCAGACUAUCGAUCCCCUUUUCUACGUCGCCGGCGAGAGCCAGCACAACCCUGAGGGGCGCAUCUGGAAGGGCGCGGUCUACAACACGACCAACUCGGCCGACGUGCCCAUCUCUUUGAGCUUCGAGGGCGUUGGCAAGGGCACCAAGGCCAAGCUCAGGGUACUGACGGGACCCGAGGACCCGAUGCUGUGGAACGACCCCCACACUGGCGUGAACGUGGUCAACUCGACGACCUACCACCUGACUGCCGGUGAGGGUGGCGUUUUUGAGUUCAGCCUGCCGGAGCUGAGCAUCGCUGUUCUUGAGACGGGAGAGAAGUGCGUCUCCAGGAAGCGGAGCAUUGCCGGUAGGGUGAUGCACUGA